CCCGAUACACCCCGCACAUUGAAACCCACCAUGUUGCCGAAGGCCUGAUCAGUUUGGGAAGGUAUUGGUUCUGGGGGGACCACGUAGGAGGAAGAGGAGUCGAAGCAGGAGGAGGAUGUCGUCUUCGCAGGUCCCGUCUGCGACGGCUUUGAUCAUUCCGCGUUUGACUAGUCCGACUCUUCGCAUCACAUUCCGCCUCUCCGCGCGUGAGUGCCUCGCGCCCCAACUUCUCCUCGAUUCUUUAUCGACUUCCGCUAUUCGAUCCCGCUGUGGAGAGGUGGGCGACGAAGCCGCAUGGUCGCUCUCGUCGGCCAAGCCCGGCAACGGGGUGGAGCAGCUGCGUGACGGGAACACGGAGACCUUUUGGCAGUCCGACGGGCCCCAGCCGCAUUUGAUAAACAUCCAAUUCCAGCGGAAGCUUAGAGUGAGCGAGUUGCGCAUCUUCACUAACCACAAGGUGGACGAGUCUUACACGCCCUCAUGCAUCUCGGUCCGCAUCGGCACGGCCCACCACGACCUGCAGGAGAUCCAGGUCAUCGACCUGCGUGAGCCCGACGGCUGGAUCACGGUGCGGCUGGCGCGGAGUUUGCACGAGCCCGCGCCCGAGGAAGCAACACCUUGGUGCGUGCCGCGAGACCCAGACAUGGGUGGCGCAGCGGAUUUCAGCUCGCAAGGGGAACAGGGGGCCGUCGGAAGGGGAAGAGACCCAGAGAUGGAAGAUGGAGAAAGAAGAAGGAUGGGAUUCCCUGGCCGUAGGGGAACCCUUGUCUCAAUGCGGCAAUCCGCACGCACUUUAUCCAGUUGGCGGUGCUGUCCAAUCACCAGAACGGCCGGGACACCCACAUCCGUCAGAUACAGGUGAUGGGACCGCGGGGCGGGGCGCCCCAGGCGCGCCAGGCUGUGACGGGGGCGCUGAGAUUCCAGACCGUGGCUCUGCAGCAGUUCGCCGAGAUCAGAUGACCCUGUGGACCUGCGGCACUCCCGUGGCUCAGCUCGCCGACCCGCGGCGCCUGUGGAGGUUCGCCGAGAUCGGUGCCUGGCCUUGCAGCCAUGCCGUCGUUCGCCGCCACGCGCGCGAGGCCCGCGCGCUGGCGCGGUGGCUGCCAUAAUCGAUGCUCGCGGGCAUCGCCAGCCCUCCCCUGUGUUGUGCAUGAGGCCACCGCGCGGGCGCCGCAAGACCGCCAUCCGUCGUCCUCCUCGCCCUCACGAUCCGACUGUCCGACUGUAUCCAGCUUGCC